CUCUCCAUUUGAGCAGGUCCACCUGGGCCUCCAGGACCACCUGGGCCUAUGGGUCCUCCUGGCCCGCCUGGGCCUCAGGGGCCUCCCAGAAUAGGGCACCGCAGAGCUCACCUCCAAGCUUCUCAUAAUCAGGGGCUACAUGCAAUCCCAAAUGAUGAAACCUCACCUGUAAAGGAGACAGAAAAACUACACGAGAAGGCUGCCCAAAGGAACGACUGCCUGAUUAAGUCUCUGAUCAACCCCAGAAAUGUGACAAAGAUGAAAACCACAUUUGGCACAUGGAUGAAGGACACCGCUCAGCUGAACGAUGAGCGAAUAUGGGUGGCGGAUCACUUUUCUGGUCGCAUGCUGAAGGAGUACAAAAGCAUUUCCUUCUUCCAGAAGAACAGCAGCGACACCAUAGACGUUAUAAAGUACUAUCAAGGCUGCGGCCACAUCGUUCACAAUGGUUUCUUUUAUUAUCAUGCUGCUGGCACUCCCAGCAUUGCCAAAUUUGACUUCAGCACCAAAAGACUUCAGACUCUCACUAUUGAAAACUCUUUGUACAACAACCUCGCCUACCUGCUCCCCAACUCUAAGACCUACUUCAAGCUGGCAGCAGAUGAGAACGGCCUGUGGCUGAUCUUUGCAUCCAAUGUUGACGAGAGCAUCAUGGUGGCCCAGCUGGACCAGAAGACCUUCUCCGUCACAUCCUACGUGAACACCACCUAUCCUCGCAUCAAAGCCGGCAACGCCUUCAUCGCCUGUGGCGUCCUGUAUGUCACCGACACCAAGGACACCAGAGUCACCUUUGCGUUUGACCUGCUGAAGGGAAAGCCGGUCAAUGUGACCUUUGACCUGAGGUCUGCUGGUGAAGUGCUGGCAAUGCUCUCCUACAGCCCAAAGGACAGACACCUGUAUGUUUGGGACCACAGCUACGUCAGGCUGUAUGUGGUCCACUUCAUCUCUGAUGAGUGAGAAACAUGAUGUCCGAACACGACUGUUACAGUAAAUACUGAGAGCAAAACGCCUGCAGACUUUCAUCUAUUCACUGCAUCUGAAAACUGAUAACUCAAGAGUGACAUACAGUGUGUGUGUCACUGUUUUAAAUAUAUUGUCCUGUGUUACUUUUGUGUUAAGUGAAAUUGUAAUUGACCGUCAAACUAUUUCACUAAAGUAAAUAUGGUUUUGGUUAACAAGACGUUUGCGCUGUUGCCUCACAGCCAGAAGGUCCUGGGUUUGAAUCCGCCACCUGGCCAGGGCCUUUCUGUAUGGAAUUUGCAUGUUUCCCCCAUGUAGUCCAGCUUCUUCCCACAGUCCAAAGACAUCCAGUUAGUGGAGUGAGCUCAACUGGCAAUUAUAAAUUGCCCAUAGGUGUGAAUGUUUGUCUGACUAUCUGUUAGCCCUGCAGCGACUGCUGACCGGUCCAGGGUGUAUCCGUCCUUUCGUGGAAAAAAAAUGUCUGAAUGGAUGGAUGAAGGAAGUGCUGUAUUUACUGUACAUGGAGUUUUCAAAGGACACAAGAUUUACUAAUAGUGUGAAAACUUAUCAUUUUGUAUAAGCUGGCAGUUUAUGCCAAUCAAACCUAUAACUCAACUUUUGUUGCCAUUUGCGUUUUUGCAUGGUGGUCACCACUGCUUGAUUUUUAUACAGAUGCAACUCGUGAUGUCCCUUCCCCCUCUUUCUGUACAUAUAGACAAACCUGCCUUUGUAAGGGAGCAGCACAGCUCUCUGGCUGAACAAGAUAAUAAAAAUAAAAGAAAAAAGAAAAAAAAA